AUGGGGACGUGUGUGAGCAAGUGUUACCCCUGUAACCCCUCCUCCGACCAAAUUAGCGAGAAGGUAGGGUUCGCCUCCGCGUCCCCCAGAAUCGUCCCCAACAACACAUCGUCGCCCUACUCCUACGCGGCGCCGAGAAUCGUCCCCGAAAACGUCCCCAACACAUCCUCCUCCUCCUACGCGAACCCCAAAAUCGUACCCCGUAGCGUCCCCAAAACCCACCACCCUUCUCCUCCCUCCUCCUACACCUCCUCCUCCUCGUCAAUGGCGUCGUCUUCGUCGACUUCGUCGACGUGCUCUUCUACUACUACUACUACUAAUUCUACCUGCAAACCCUUCUCCGACGGGUUCCUGCUAUCGUGCGCCAGGAACAACCCUAGCCUCAACCUAGAGUCCCCGCUAUCGUGCGCCGAGGACGCCAACUACAACAUCGUGGUGCUCGACCCUAAGAAGCGUACCUGGGAGGCGGCGAAGCCGACGACGACGACGACGACGACGACGACGACGGCGACGACCGGAAACGGAAACCCUAACAUUAGCAAACCCUCGCCGGCCCUCCGCGCCGCCCACCGAAGCGCGCGCGCUCGAGCUCGCCGACGGCGCGCGCGGGGCGGAAGAGCUUCAGGGCCGACCCGCCGCCGCCGCCGCCGAGGCCGAGGAAGGAGAAAUUAA